GAUAAAGUAAGGUUCUGAUAUAAAUCCUUCUGUGCUGUUGUAAUGAGCUUGAAGGAGAACCUUCCUUUUUAACUGUCAUGGGGAUUGAAGACAGGGUUUGGGUAGUUCAGAAUGACAGUGCACAUUACAAAGAGAUUUGUCAUCAUAUUCACCAUCAGUUGUAUUUAUUAAGCAUCCACCGGGUGCAGAGUGAACUGAGAUUGUGGAAAUUUACACUGUAAAUCAAAGAUGGGAUCUCUACUUUCAAAAAACUUUUAAUUACAAUCAAUCAGUCAAUGGUAUUUCCUGAGUGUUCAUUCUGUAAAGAGCACUGUACUAGAUACUUGGGAGAGUACAGUAGAGUUGGAAGACAUAAUUGCUUCCCUCAAGGAGCUUCCAAUCAUGAGUAUCACCUGGACAUCUGGUGUCAAGCAAUGUUUAUUCAAUUAUUCAUCCGGAAAACCCUGUAUUCUCAGCCUGAGAGGUGUAUAAAUUACUCAGCAAGGUGUUGCCAAUUUAGGAAAUUUCUCUUUCUCGAUCAGUGCACUAAUAGCAUCCUCCAGUCACUCUCUCUCUCUUUCUCUCUCUUCUUAUUUCAAGGAGAGAAGUUGAGGAGAACAGCUAAGAAUCCACAUAGGGAAAGGUUCCUGAGGUCAUUUCAGAGUCAAGGAAAAUCCCAAGCAAGAAUCCUAGACCAGGAUCCAGGUCUCCUCUCUCGGAAACCAGACUGGUGUGCAGCCACGAUCAUUCUGGGGAUCACUGUGCUCAUCCUGCUGGUCAGAUCCAUCUCCUUAUUCCAGAAAGCCCUCAAGAACUGUGGAAAUCCUGUGGGAUCAGAGAAAAAGAACAUGGGUUUUUCCAAUGUUUCCUGUGAAGGUGAUCCUGGGUACAAAAGCUCAGCACAGAUUGCAGCCCCGUAAAAGGAGCUGCGUCUUGACAAACUGAAUGAGGAGAGACUGUCAAAUGUUGUGAGAAGCCACUCACAAACUAAAGUCGAUUCCUCUAAGCACAUAGGAGAGAACCUGGAAGUUGGUAGCUUCAUAAAGAGAUUAUUUUAAUUAAAGGAAAUAUUUUCCCUCUGA